CUUAUUCUGUGUCUGAAAGUGAGCGGCGCUAUGGCUGAUGAGAAGAAAGCACAGCAAGCCUCCAAGAAGGGCGCGAAGAAAAUCAUCAAGAAGGCGCCAGCGAAGGGCGGAAAGAAGAGGAGGCGGACCAGGAAAGAAAGUUACUCCAUCUACAUCUACAAAGUGAUGAAGCAGGUUCACCCCGACACCGGCAUCUCCUCCAAGGCCAUGAGCAUCAUGAACUCGUUCGUCAACGAUAUUUUCGAGCGCAUCGCGGGGGAGGCUUCCCGCCUGGCCCAUUACAACAAGCGCAGCACCAUCAGCUCCCGGGAGAUCCAGACCGCCGUGCGGCUGCUGCUGCCCGGGGAGCUGGCCAAGCACGCCGUGUCGGAGGGUACAAAGGCGGUGACCAAGUACACCAGCUCCAAGUGAAGGGCCGCAUUGUACUGAAACACACACAUCCACAACCCAAAGGCUCUUAUAAGAGCCACCCACAACAUCCCUGAGAGCUGA